CAUUAACUCAUGCAUCUGCAUUUCCCAUUUCCACCAAUCUCUUAUCUCAUUCUCUCUACUCAUUUUUGCCCUAUGAAAAGGGUUUCUUGACGAUUUUGAAUGAUUUCCCCCCCUCUGAUGCAUUCAGUGUUGAUUGGGGCUCUGCUGAUUUUCUUUUUGUUGAUUGAUCUGAUCGGUUUUGGGCUUCAAUUUGACUUCUUUGGAGCAUUCUCAACAUUCCCAUGUCUAAAGUUUUUGAUUUUAGUGGUGAUAUUGGGUUUAUGUUCCAAAAACCAAAAGAAUCAAGACCCUUUUUGUCUCUUGGGAGUCAUGUCGAUGUCUAUUUUCCUCCAUCCAAGAGAUCUCGUGUCAAUGCUCCCUUUGUUGUUAGUGAAUAUCCGAAGGAGCAACCUUCUAUCGAAGUUCUUCCUGAUGAGUGCCUGUUUGAGAUCUUCAGACGUCUUGGAGGCGAAGAGAGGAGCGCGUGUGCCUCUGUAUCCAAGCGUUGGCUCAUGCUUUUGAGCAGCAUCUGUGCAGAUGAGAUAUGCAGCUCUGUUGCUCAGACCAUGGAGCCUGAGAUUGUAUCUGAUUGUAAGAAGGCUGAUGAAUCUGCCAAGCCUAAAGAGAAGGUUGAAUCUGUUGAUCUGAAUGAUGAGGAAUGUGUUGACGCUGACCCUCAGGGUUAUCUAUCGAGGUGUUUGGAAGGGAAGAAGGCCUCGGAUGUGAGACUGGCUGCGAUUUCUGUUGGAACUGCAAGCCGUGGAGGUUUGGGAAAGCUAUCCAUCCGAGGAAAUGCUAGCACUCGUAGGUUGACAGACAUUGGAUUGAAUGCUGUGUCGCGUGGUUGCCCUUCUUUGGGGGUUCUUUCUCUGUGGAACACAUCCUCUGUUCGUGAUGAAGGGUUGUCUGCAAUUGCAACUGGUUGCCGUUCUCUCCAGAAGCUAGACCUCUCCCAUUGUCCGGGUAUCACUGAUAAGGCCGUGAUCGCAGUUGCCAUGAACUGCCCCAAUCUAAGAUCAGUUAAACUAGAGUCUUGCUCAAACAUUGGUGAUGAGAGCUUGAAAGCUUUGGGCCGUUACUGCCCCAACCUAGAGUCGAUCAUGGUUAAAAAUUGCUCCCUUGUUGGUGACCAGGGGAUUGCUGGUCUGUUUUCUGCAGCUGGACACAUCCUAACCAAAGGUAAUCUUCAGGGACUCAACAUCAGUGACGUGUCUCUUGCUGUAAUUGGCCACUAUGGGAGUGCAAUGACUGAUCUUUCUCUUGUUGGCCUCCACAAUGUGAGUGAGAGGGGCUUCUGGGUGAUGGGUAAGGGUCAAGGUUUGAAAAAUCUGAAAUGUUUAUCGAUUAUUUCGUGCCAAGGAGUUACUGAUGCGGGUCUUGAUGCUAUUGGUAAUGGCAGCCCGGGUCUGAAGGUGUUUUGCCUCCGGAGAUGUGCUCUUGUGUCUGACAAUGGGGUUGUGUCAUUUUCCAGAGUUGCUUCAUCGCUUGAGAGCAUUAAGCUCGACGAGACUCAUAGGAUUACUCAGUUUGGGGUUUUCGGCAUCCUUGCUAGCUGUGGGGGGAAAUUGAAGGCACUUGCUCUGUCCAAUUGCUUAGGGCUCAAAGACUUGAACUUUGCAUUCCCAUUGAGUUCUCUUUGCACGUCUCUGAGAUCGUUGGCUAUCCAUAACUGCCCAGGGUUCGGUGAUUCUGGUAUGAACGUGUUGGUUCGGCUGUGCCCUAAACUAACACACGUGGAUCUUAUUGGCCUUGAAGGAGUAACUGAUGCCGGUCUCCUCCCUCUCAGUCAGAGGCAGGAGGCUGGUCUGGUUAAGGUUAAUCUGAGCGGAUGUGUAAACCUAACUGACAGCCUGGUUGCAAGGAUCGCUAGCCUUCACGGGGAAACUCUGGAGGUUGUGAAUCUUGAAAGAGUCAGCGGCAUCACUGAUGUGAGUUUGAUGUCAAUCGCAGCGAACUGCUCAGUUCUGCGUGAGCUUGAUGUCUCUGGCUGCAGGGUAACGAAUUCGGGUGUUGCCCUCUUGUCUGGGGCCGGGCAGCUGAGCUUGCAGGUGCUCUCCCUUGCGGGCUGUUCGUUGGUGUCAGACAAGAGUUUUCCAUUCUUGAAAAUGCUCGGCACGACUCUGGUGGGACUCAACAUUCAGCUUUGCCAUGGAAUCAGCUCUGCUGCUAUUAAUUUGCUUCUUGAGCAGAUGUGGAGGUGUGACACUUUCUUAAGAUGCAGAAAAAUCAUGAAUCGAAUUUCUUGAUUUUACAACAUUUUCUAUCUAGCAAAAGGUAUUAUUAGAAGGUUUUUGGGUCCAUCAUGAUUCGUUGUCUACGGGUCCAGGCAAGCGUCUCUUUUUUUUUUCCAGCAAAAGUUGCGGCCACACUUUUUGCAGCUUCUCAUGCUGUUUUUAAAGUCCUCUCUUCUGAGUAAUGGAAAGAGGCUUCUGUUUUGUGGCCGAUGCUGGUAGCUGGGCUUGUCAAGUGCUGGAUCUUUUUGGACGAACUUUUUUAGGUUUCUGCCCGAGCAGUGGUGGUUGGGCCAUGUUGCUCGGAUGGAAGCUUGCAGCUGUGGAUCUGACUAGGGUUUAUUGCAUCUUGUGUCUUUGUUUAGAGUUGUUUUGCGGUUGCUUUGUGGCGUUUGUGCACCUGUUUGUGUGGGCUUUGGCCGUGGCGGCAAUGUGGUUUUUGAGCCUGCCAUGAUGAUCUCUUCUUCUUCAGGUUUUGAAGAAGGGAUUGGUUUUUAGUUUUUCCAAGUCCUAGUUUUGCAGGCUUCUCUUGUUGUGAGAUGUCACUUUUACAACCUAGUUACUUACUCAUAUAUAUGUAUCUGACUUUGCUUCUAUGUUUUGGUAAUAAAAACCCUUUUUUGUUA